GUCUAUGCUGAGAUAAGUAGCAUAUUUGACCUUCACCAUGAUUAUCAAGCACUUCUUUGAAAUUGUGUUGGUGCUGCUGGCCUCUACCACUGUCUUCUCUCUAGAUUUGAAACUGAUUCUCUUCCAGCAAAGAAGAGUGAAUCAAGAAAGUUUAAAACUCUUGAAUAAGUUGCAAACCUCGUCAAUUCACCUGUGUCUACCACACAGGAAAAACUUUCUGCUUCCUCAGAAGUCUUUGAGUCCUCAGCAGUACCAAAAAGGACAUACUCUGGCCAUUCUCCAUGAGAUGCUUCAGCAGAUCUUCAGCCUCUUCAGGGCAAAUAUUUCUCUGGAUGGUUGGGAGGAAAAUCACAUGGAGAAAUUCCUCAUUCAACUUCAUCAACAGCUAGAAUACCUAGAAGCACUCAUGGGACUGGAAACAGAGAAGCUAAGUGGUACUUUGGGUAGUGAUAACCUUAGAUUACAAGUUAAAAUGUACUUCCGAAGGAUCCAUGAUUACCUGGAAAACCAGGACUACAGCAGCUGUGCCUGGGCCAUUGUCCAAGUAGAAAUCAACCGAUGUCUUUUCUUUGUGUUCAGUCUCACAGAAAAGCUGAGCAAACAAGGAACAGACCCUUGAACGACAUGAAGCAAGAGCUUACUACAGAGUUGUAGAAGCCCAAGGUCUGUGGUGUGGCCCGAGUAAUUACAUUUCUAACAGUUUUCACAUGAUGCUGUUGCUGCUGGUCCUGUGAUUACACGUGGUAAGCCAUACCCCUACUUCUUGAUGGCCUUGGUAGGUUUUUAAGAGAUGAAGGCAUAGUUUUUUUAAGGCUACUGAUCUCAUAUUUCUUAUGACAUCUGGAAAAAGUGAGCACCCUAUAUAGGAGUUAGUUGAUGAAGAUUUUUUUUUCUAUCACUGCCUUUUCAUAGCAGCAAAUCAGACAUUUUCCUUCUUAAAGAAGCUAUAUGUAGCAACUGUCAUAUCCUAGGUGCACCCCAUGACAAUAACUGCCUUUUAAGGAAAAUAGACUAAAAGAAGUUUUGUUUUGUUUUGUUUUCUGUAAGGAUUUCUGGUCCUCAUACCAUGUGGUUGAGUGAAAUCAAAACUUCAACCAUAGCAAUGCUGACUGGACAAAGAAUGUGUUGUGGACACAAAAUCAAACCUCUGGAGGACAGAGGAUUCAUUCCAAGGUAGAAAUGGAUUCCCAGAAAUACCUCCUCAAGGCCAGUGUAGAGCCCUCAAUCACUCCCACCGCCAGCUUCUCCCUCUUCCAUCUCCUGCACCAAGCAGCAGGUCUCCAGGUGUUCCAGCUGCUGAUGAAGUACAGUGUGGAGCUGGUCCAGGAAGGUCAUGUUCCAUGCAGCAGAGGAGUGCUCCGCGUAAGAAGCUGAAGACCUGCUGCAGCACAUCAUAGAGGAAAGACAUAGCCUAGGCCUUCUGCAACUGGCUGACUUCCACCAUCUCCUGGGGGAAUCUGAAGUCACUUCUGUCCUUCAGACACAAGAAAGGAAAAAUUCUCCUCAUUCAGCCCAGAAGCACCAAGGUGUUUCGAAUGCCUAGCAGACCACGGUUCUGAGGCAGAUUACAUCCUAGAGAUCCAAAAGAGCCAUAGCCGCACACCUCUAGGGCCACCAGUAGAGGGAAGAGGAGGGCCAUUGGGAAAUCAGGAUGCUUUUGGCCUGGCUGAACUGAGAUCUGGAUGAACCUUGGAUCCUCGAUUCCAUGAAGACAUUCUAUCUAUGCAUGGCUUUAAUGGAGCACAAAUGGUUUUCAUUUUUCUGAUCAUUUCUCUAAAUUUUUAAUUCCACUUAUUGUUUUCAUUUACAUGUCUUCUGUAUCAGCAUCCACAACCUUUUGGCCACCAGUUUGGUGGAAGACAAUUUUUCCACGAAAAACGGGGUUGGGGAGAGCACAUUUUUAGAGGCAUUAGAUUCUCAUUAGGAGACCACAACCUAGAUCCCUCGCAUCUGCACUUCACAAUAGGGUUCCCACUCUUUUGAGAAUCUAAUGCCACUGCUGAUCUUACAGGAGGUGGAGCUCAGGUGUUAAUGCUUAUUGGUUGGCCUGCUUGCCUCCUGUGCAGCACUGUUCCUGCCAGGCCAGGACCAGUAUCCUAGUCCACAGAUGGGGGUUGAAAACCUUGUUCUAUAUGACCUAAAAGGAGGUCAUCACUCUACACUCUUGAUUUUUGCAAUAGAUGUUCAAUAUUCCCAGUAAACUUAAGAUAUUAUCAAUCCAAAUGGAUAUUGAUCGAUCAGAUGAGAAACAUCUUUGUGCUAAUGUUAGAAGUAUAUACUUUUAGCCCCGAUCCUAGCCUCCAGUUCUACCCUCCAUUUUGCAUAGGAAAUCAGGAUCCCUGGGCUCUAUGGGUUUCUGUAUUCAGUUAGGGAAUUACCUAUCUCCGGAAAUUAAACACUUUAGGACUA